AUGGUUGGGUUCUCUAUGAAGAAAAAAGAUGACACCAAGAAGGGAUUCUCAGGCUUCAAACUAAAUAAAUCCAAUAACAAAUCAGAUUCUAAGAAACCUUCAAAACCUGCAUUUGGUUUUAUAAAUGAUAAAGAUGAAGAAAUUCAAACAACCAAGAUAGAUACUUUUGAUUCAAAUGAUGGUGGGUUCAACAAAGAAGAAGGUCCUAAAAGAGCAAAUGAACCACUGAUAAUACCUAAUGAAGGCAAUUCUCAAUGGAAAACUAAAGCAAAACAAAGAUUUAAUCCUAAUGAACAAAAUAAACAAGUUUUUGAACCUGAAAAUAAAAAACUUGAAUAUGGUAUAAAUUAUAUAAAUGAUAUACCCAAGGAUAGUCAAGAAGAAGUGGAGACUAAAGCACUAAGACAAGAUAUUGAAACAAGAGCUGAGGAGGCAACUUUAGAAGAUUAUGAAAAAAUUCCAGUUGAUGAUUUUGGUGCUGCAAUGUUACGAGGUAUGGGAUGGAAAGGUGAGGAAGAUAAAGAAUCAAAAGACGAAGAGAAGAAAGGGAAACCUGUUAUACCAGUUGCACAAAGAACGUUAUAUUUGGGACUAGGUGCAAAAGAUGAUGGUAAAGGAAAAGAUCCAAAACCUAUUGAUAAAUCUUAUAUACCUGUCAAAAUGAUUAAAAAAUCUUCCAAUAGGGAUAAGAGUCCUAUAAGGACAAAAGAAAUUGAAUAUAGAUCAAGAGAAUAA